GUUCCUGAAUAGCUGCACUUCAUGUUUUUUCACUUUGUUCACUGGGCUGGAUUUGACUAUGACUAUUUGAAUUUGACUAUGACUUCCUCCAGUAUUUCUGUUCCUCGGUGUCCUCAAGUAUUCAUAUAACCAUUCAUCUGUUUCCAUUCUGUCAACACAUCUCGUGCUGCGCUGUCGAAGAUGGAGCGCUGGAGAUUUCCUGUCAUUCUUCUCCUGGUCAGCACAGCUCGGAUGGCCGCAGCCACUACAACAGAUUUAAGCGUUACUUCAGGGUCCGUUACAACUACUGGCAGCUCUUUACCAAGCACAGAUACAGCCUCAAGUGUUGGGACUACACCACUGGCUUCAUCUGCUGCUACAGGUACUUCUGGAACCACAGGUGCUUCUGGAACCUCUGCAACUUCUGGAACCACAGCUCCAACCGGGGCUACGACUGUUCUUGGAACCUCUGCAACUUCUGGAACCACCAUGGUUUCAGCCACUCAGACAACAGGCAUCAGCGGAACGACUUCAUCCACUGCCUCCGUAACCACAUCAUCUGCUACAGCGGCCAGCACCACGUCAGGCCCAACAACAACAGCUUCUCAAACCAGUAGGGUGUCCACGAUGGCUUCCUCCAACCAAGCCUCCUCCAACCAAGCCACCUCCAGCAGUUUGGCUGCAUCAGCAAGCAACAGCACCACGAACACCACAACCGUAAUCACUGGCAAUGGGAAUUCAACCUCCGCAUCCUCCCUCCCGCACUGCAGUCAGCUUCUCUCUGCAGGUUCCCUGGUGUUCAUGCUGUGGUUCAUGCCGUGACGAGAGCAGCCAGUUCAGUGAAGCACACCACCACUUAACUGUGAUCAGUAACAAUAAAAAAU